CAACCUUACAAGAUAGUACAAGCAAAAGAACGAGAAACAAAAAAAAUUCUCUCAAAGAAAAUAUUAAAAUGGAAGCUUCUGCACCAAAGAGAGGCUUAUACACAGAAAUGGAACAAAACGCUCAUGUCGCAGCCAAGAGGCUUUGGAAAAUCGUGCGGAUAGUCUUCUGCGUUCUGAAAACCGGUAUCAAAAGUAAGCUCAUGCUUGACUUAAACCUAAUGCUCAAGAGAGGCAACAAAGCCAUCACUAACCUCCGUCGCCGCCGAUCUAACUUCACCGGCGGCAGCGCUGACGUCAGCUCCUCUCCACGCGUCCGUGGCUACGAGUUCACCUGCAGCAAUACCCCAACAAACGACCCUUUUACCUAUAUGUGCAAACGCAAACGCCGCGUCCACAGCGGUUAUGACAAGGAAGACGCGGUGGCGGAGGCCGUUAAGAAGGUUUUUGAGUUGCUAGGAGAGAAUGAUACGAAGGCCGUGGAGAUGGAGGCUGGAGAGCCUCCAUUGAUGGCGUUUCCGGCGGUGAGGCAGCUUAGAGUGACGGAUUCGCCGUUUCCGUUAGAAGACGGCGGAGAUCAUGAUCAUGUGGUGGAUAAAGCGGCGGAGGAGUUUAUAAAGAAGUUUUAUAAGAACCUUAAGUUGCAAAAGAAGAUGGCAAACUCGUUAGAGUCGCCGUACCACGAGGUCCACGACGGAUGGGUUAGGUGAUACGAAGUACAAACGUUUAGAGACCAACGCAAUUGUUUACUUUGUGGGGGUUGAAUCACAUAUGAAAAAAAUAUAACGGAAAUACUAUAAACAGAUGUAUAAAUAUGGGGGUGUAAAGGUGAUUUACAAGUUUUCUCAGAUAUAUUUCCCUUCGAGUUGUUGUAUACAUGAAUUUGACUUAUGUUUAUCUCUUUGAAAGUUUGGUAAAGACAUGGCUAUGUAAAUAAUUUCCUAUCUUAGUGAAAAUACGUAAUAUAGGCGAGUCUAUCAUAUCUAU